CGCGCGAGAAGCCUCCAAUUGAACUGCAUGCCGCCACUUUUUCUUUCCUUCCUCUCCCCGCAGUCUCAGACUCCCUCCAUUCCUGUACCAAAAUGGAAAAAACCCAAGAGCACAACGACCGGGAGCCUUCAGAAUCCCGCACAACUCCAGCAUCACCUACAUGCGCCUCCUCAACCAGCGUUAAAUGCGCCGGCUCAACCUCCUUCCAUCCACCACCCAAGCAAUCCCCAUGGUCAGAAAUUUCCCCUCCUCCAACCUACCGUCCUAUCCGUUCCCCGGCUAUAAAUCCGCCACCAAACACAAAUUCGCAAGCCAUAAUCCUCGCCCCAGUCCCGCAAUCCCAAAAGGUACUCGCUAUUUCCCUUCCCCACACCUUUCAAUCCCCCUCCAAAAAAAUCCACUCCCCUGACGACAUUCGCCAAUUCAUCAACUCCGAUUCCUCUAAGAACUUCCUUGGCUUCAUAGUCUCUCUCUCAGAAUCUACACGGUCCCACAAAACCUCCGAUUCCUUUCACGAAUCCACAACUGUGAAAAAGAUUGUGUCUAUUAUCGAAACCCUAAUUCAGUGGACUGAAGAAAUCCCUCCUGCUCAACAAUCUUCUCGAUACGGUAACAUCUCUUACCGCACCUGGCAUAACCGUUUGGUAGAAAAUAGCGAGAGUUUAAUGCUUCAGAUUUUGCCCGAACUUUUAAAAUCUUCAAUGGUGGAGAUCGUUCCUUAUUUUACCGAUAGUUUUGGUAAUUCGAGCCGGAUUGAUUACGGGACUGGACAUGAAACUAAUUUCUCCGCAUGGUUGUAUUGUUUGGCUAGGAUGGGGGUUAUAGAGGAAGUUGAUUAUCAAGCUCUAGUUUCUAGAGUUUUUGUUAAUUAUAUUGAAUUAAUGAGGAAGUUGCAAUUGGUUUAUAAUCUGGAGCCUGCGGGUUCGCACGGUGUUUGGGGGCUUGAUGAUUAUCAUUUCUUGCCGUAUAUAUUUGGAUCAUCGCAGUUGAUUAAUCAUAAGUUCAUGAAGCCCAAGUCUAUUCACAACGAGGAUAUUUUGGAGAAUUUUUCGAAUGAGUAUAUGUAUCUUUCAUGCAUUGUGUUCAUUAAGAAGGUGAAGAAGGGGUUGUUUGCUGAGCACUCGCCUUUGUUGGAUGAUAUCAGCGGAGUGCCUAAUUGGAACAAGGUGAAUAGCGGGCUGCUUAAAAUGUAUAGAGCAGAAGUGUUGGAGAAAGUGCCUAUUAUGCAGCAUUUCCUGUUUGGGUCGCUUAUUCAGUGUUCUUGACUGUGAGAACUUGCGUGGAGGAUACCGGCUUCCUUUAUGUUCCAGUGGAACAGUCUGAUUUCAUCAGCAUCAUUGUGGGGCAAUAAAGAGCCAAUUUUGGUUGAUAUCCUAUUCGCUUCCUAUAGAAGCUCCCAACACCAGCUAUUGGCAAGCAUGGACAUUAGUUGCUUGGAAUUUAGAACCUCACAGUAAAUGGUGCUAGAACUUUCAUGGUUUGUUAACUCAUUCGUGGUAUGUUCAGCAUGGUCCUUUUCAUUCAAGAUGGUGUCAAAAUAUACUUCUUCCCCACCUUUUCCCCCUUUUGGCUCCUUUGUUGGCAUGGAUGAUUAAAAGUUAUGAUACCUAGCUUUUUCACCAUUCUCUAAAUAUUUCCUCCUUCAUUCAGUGUGUGCCUUGUUCGAAAUUGGUAAAAUGACUUCAACUUGUCAAGCUGAAAAUUACUUAUCCUUGCAUCAUGCAGCUCUAUAAACUUCACUUGAAGUAAACUGGUAUGUAAUGUAACUCGAGGCAGACCAUGUUGCCUGUCUUUGAACUUUAGUAGGUUAGUUCAUGAAGAAUCAAAUACAUCAUUGAUUGGGAUUUUGAUUUGUCUAGUGACCACUUUUGUUCUUUUAUAAUUUAGUUGAUAUAAGCUUACUGACUCUGGCUAGACGAAACACUAUGUACAACUUUCUGCCAAU